AUUUAGCACUCUUGACCUAUGUAGGUAAUACAAUCUCUGUAUAGUCGGUAAAGUAGAAAACCCGAAUCAAGAAAAUUUUAAUGCUAUGAAAUUGGUGUUAAAGUCAACAUCUGUCACUUUAUCGAAAGUUCUCUGUUUUAACUAAGAAAGUUACGUAAUCAUAGUUAUCUAUAACCUUUAAUGUGAACAAAUAAUAAAUAACUUAUUGCUUGACGAUUAAUAACGUUAUAAAAAGUAAACAAUUCAAAUAUUAAUUGUCAUAUGUAUUUAUACUGUACUUAACAUUUUUGUUUGUUAAAUGUAACAUUAAAUAUACACGACUAAAAAUAUAUCUUUUAAAACAUGUCUGCUUUUUUCUUCUAUACACUGUCUUACAUUUUAGCAUCAGGAUGUAUUAUAUAUCCUCCGACAGAAUUUAUUUCAGCUGGAUUAACAAUAAAAGAUAUAUUUUCAAAUUGGUUAGGAUGUGAAAAUGAGUUAUUCAUACAGUAUCAUAUAAAAAGAAGUAUAAUUACGUUAUUUGUACAUUCCAUGCUUCCGUUUGGUUAUACGUGUGGUUUAAUUCUCUUUGGACAUAUCAGUGUUACAAAAAUAUUGUUAGGUCAUCAUAAUUUGUGGUUAAUGAUUAUUGUUUGUACUAUAUUCCUUCCACUGUAUACUUUGUCUAAAAUUCUGAUAUGGUCUAUCAAUAACUGGUCUAAACAUCCUAUAGUACAAAAUCUUAAAGUUUAUUGUAACAGUAAUAAUAAUACUGAUAAUAUAAUAUGGUCCACAGUAGCUUCUGAUAUCAACAUAGAAUAUCGAAGGAUAAAUAAAACUGUUAUUAAUACAAAUAGCAUAUCAUGCAUAAUAGUAACAGAUAAUUGGAUAAUUAAAGUAGUGCCAUAUAAAAUAUUAAUUGCACAUCAAAGUGAUACAGCUUUAGUAGUUAACAAAACUGAUUCUCAUAAUAUGUUACCUGCGACAAGAGGAGAAAUUCAAUUUAUUAAUAUUGAGGUAAAGCCUACAAGAACUGGAGCACAACAUUUUGACAUAAGAUUAAAUGCAUUGGAUUUUAAAAAUUUGCAAGACAAAGUUUCACGCCCCAUUGUAAUAUUACAAAAUAUUAAUUUCCAUAAAACCUUACUGGAUAGAUUUGUUGAUUAUUUUAAAGAACGUGUUCAGGAAAAUCCAGUUUAUGAAUUUGCAGAUGAAUUGGGUCAAUGUAUUGGAUGUAUGCAAGUUGCAUCAAAUGUAAAAUUGUUUAAACAAUGCACUAGGGACAUAGGAAGUGGUCAUCCUGAAGAUUGCACUACGUGUUAUUGUCGUCCCAUGUGGUGCAUAGACUGUAUGGCAAAAUGGUUUGCAUCAAGACAAGAUGAAAAUGCACCAGAAACAUGGUUGUCUUCCAAAUGUACUUGUCCUGUAUGCAGAGCAAAAUUUUGUAUUUUAGAUGUGUCCUUGAUACAAUCUACGUGAAUACGACAGGUAACGCGUAUCAGACUGAUAUUAUUAUAUAGAUGGAAGUUUUUUUAUCUUAUAAAAAAUGAAAUAAAAUUUUAUGUAACAUUGCGCAAAAAUAACGUAACAGUUGAAGUAUCAUCAAAAAGCUUUGUCCAAUUAUUUGGUACAUAACGUUUAUAUUUUUUAUUCAUAUUAAUAUUCCAUUGUUUAUACGAAAUUAAACAUAAGGAGCGAGAAAUAAAUAAUUCAUGCUUUGAUACUUUAUGAAUUAAAAGGGAGGCGUACAAUAGGGAAGGCAGUCAAAAGCUGUUAACUUAUUACUGAAGAUGUGCAUAUGCCUAAAAUUUGGGAGCUUAGGUUGGAUCAAAAAAAGUCCGGUAGGAUUGUACGAGAACUUGUAGGAUUUGAAUAUCUGAGAUUCGAUUCUUCAUCAUUGAAAUCCAUUUCAGACAUAAACUUGAACAGAAUCUCAGAUAUCCUAUAUGUUGGACUAUUUUUCCGUCCCGAUUUGUAUUCUAAUACAAUAAAUUCACGACAAGAAAGUAUUUAUUCACUAUGAUUUUAUAAAAAGUUGGAUGAAUGAUAUAUAAGUAAGCAUGAACUUUUCAUAAACAAAUGAUUAUAAAUCAAGUGUAAAAUAUUUUCGAAUAAUUUAUAAAUUGGUAGUCUGUUCAACUAGACAUUCUGUUGUAAAAAUAAUUGUCAAUUCAGAUAUUAUAGACUUUUUCUAACACUUUUAUUGUGAUAUAUUACAUGUAUUAUUAUAUAUUAUAAAGAAUCUAUAAAGUGGCCUUAAUACAUAAAUUUUUACAAUUCUUUUAAGAUUUCUUCAUUAUUUGAUUUAUAUUCUUGUUUAGUUUAAUACAUCUGUUAUAAGAAACAAAUACCUAAUUAAUGUAUAAUCUUUUAUAAAAGAAAUGUUUAUUUUAGAAAUAUUGAUUCUAUCUAAUUCUGUAUUUCUAAAACUUUUCCUUAAUUUAAAUGUAAUUAAGUAUAUUUUUUUUGCUAUUUUUUUAAAUAGCUCAGAAAUGUGUGUGUGUGUGUGUGUAUAUAUAUAUAUUUAUUCUCAUAUGUAACGAAUUUUUCAUACAUCAAAUUAAUACGAUUAUAUAAUUCUAUAACUUCAUCAUUUAGUACAGUACAAAUUCUAUUGUAGAUCAAAAUGGUUAUCCAUCAUGUAAAAACUUGAAGCUUUUUCAACUUUCGAAACAUGAAAUUGAAACUCGAAGUCUGUACUGUAGAAUGCAAAUGAUCUCAUUCGCAAAUAAUCACGAGAAUCUAUUGAAAAUCACAUCCGAUACUGAUAAUAUGAGAUUUUAAACUUGUUGGUUGGAAUCAAAUUAGCCAUGUACUUAAUUUCUGUUAGGUAUAUUUGAACAACGGUAACAGUAUUCUUCAAAUAUAAUAUCACAGAUAAAAUACUAGAUAUGAUACUACUUCAUUUGUGAUGUCAAGUCUAUCUUAUCUCUGAACAGUGAUUUCGUACAGACGUUGUAUGAAUUUCUUGUCUACGUCUAUAAUAUACCAACACCGUUAAACUAAACAGUCAAACUGUUAACUACUCAAGUACAUAAGAUUGCAAUAGGUUAGCAUGAGAAAUCUUUACUUAAAAAGGACGAUAAAAAAGCAAGGGUGAUCGAUUAAUUUCCAAGCGUAGUAUUAAUUAACUUAUUUAUACACUGAAAAAUUACACGUCUUUCACAAGCGUACAAGUUAUGUUAAUUAAACCGAGCAGAUAGAUUAUAUUAUAUUUUCGUGUGUGAAAUUCUUCAUUCUAGAAGUAGUGGAAUUAUCAAAAUUAUUAUAUUCCACAAAACAAUGAAUGCAGUUAAAACUGUAAACAAUAUCGUAAUUACAAGUUAUGAAUAUAUCUUGUAUCUUUAUUGGUCUCAGUUAACCCCGUAACAGCGAUAGUUAUCAUGUGGUGCGUUUGCAAAAAUUUCUAUGUAAAAAUUUGUUUAUUAUUUCCUUUUUCAUUAUAUUUAUAAAAUAUAAACAUCUACUUUUGAAAAAAGAGUAAAUUAAAGUGCGUUAAAUUGCAAAAAAUCUCGGUAGCAGUGUUGACAUGUUCAAAAAAACUCCACGGUUAAGGGGUUAAGUACAAUAUUUCAUUUUUCUUCCUUAGAACUACGUGUGUUGCCUUCAUAAUUACUCUAAGUUAAUAUAAAUUGAUUUUCUCUUAGAAUGGAUGAUUAUUUAGGUACCCUAUCUUGGUUCACAAAAUAUUUAGUAGCAUUAGGGAAACGUAAAGGAUCUGGA